UUGUAGUUCAAAACUCACCCCCAAAGUCUCUCCACUAGUAGUAGUAACACACCAAAUCAAAUAAAAAAAUCUCUACUAUUCCUACUACUAGUUUAUUACUACAACAUUCCUCAACACAAUCAAAUGAAGAAUAUGGCUUUCUCACCAAACCAAUCCUUCACAACCACAGCAACAUUGUCCGAAAACCUCCUCAAAAGAUCCCCUUUUCUCCCAAAACCUCAAACUCUCCCAACAUUGCACCACUCCAAGAAAGAUGUGUGCCUCCGCAAGCCCUUAUAUAUCUCCUCCGCCACGGGGUUCGGCUCCUCCGUGGCAGGGCCGGAGGGCUCCCCGAGAGCUGGAGUCCCGUGCAACGCCUACGAGGCCCGCUCGCAGCCCAUCCCGAUCAGCAUUGAGUUCGACCGGGAGGGCGCCGCGCAGAAGGCCAAGAUCGGGGCCUACUUCGCCACGUGGUGGGCCCUCAACGUGGUCUUCAACAUCUACAACAAGAAAGUCCUCAACGCCUUCCCCUUCCCCUGGCUGACGUCGACGCUGUCGCUCGCCGCCGGCUCCCUCAUCAUGCUCGUCUCGUGGGCCUCGAGGAUCGCCGAGGCCCCCGAGACCGACCUCGAUUUCUGGAAAGCUCUUUUCCCGGUUGCUGUCGCACACACGAUAGGACACGUGGCGGCCACCGUCAGCAUGUCAAAAGUGGCGGUUUCUUUCACUCACAUCAUAAAGAGCGGUGAACCAGCUUUCACCGUUCUGGUGUCGAGGUUCCUGCUCGGAGAGGCUUUCUCGUUGCCGGUUUACCUCUCCCUGCUGCCUAUCAUCGGCGGCUGCGCACUAUCCGCCGCCACCGAGCUCAAUUUCAAUCUCAUCGGUUUUAUGGGGGCAAUGUUGUCAAAUUUGGCAUUUGUAUUUAGGAACAUAUUCUCAAAGAGAGGAAUGAAUGGAAAAUCAGUUGGAGGAAUGAAUUACUAUGCUUGUCUCUCAAUUAUGUCCCUUUUCAUUCUCACCCCUUUUGCUAUUGCUGUGGAGGGCCCACAAUUAUGGGCUGUUGGUUGGGAAAAGGCUGUCUCUCAAAUUGGGCCUAAUUUCAUAUGGUGGGUGGUGGCUCAAAGUGUGUUUUACCAUCUAUACAAUCAAGUGUCAUACAUGUCUCUAAAUGAGAUAUCUCCAUUGACAUUUAGCAUUGGCAACACAAUGAAGAGAAUAUCAGUGAUAGUAGCAUCCAUCAUCAUCUUCAAUACUCCUCUUCAGCCAAUCAAUGCUCUUGGUGCUGCCAUUGCAAUCUCUGGCACUUUUCUCUAUUCUCAGGCUAAGCAGUGAUUAAGGAGAAGGAUUUUGCGAGGGAGAGAAGCAUGUUCAAGUAUAUUUAACAAUGAACUAACAUGAUAUAAAAAAAAUAAAGCAAUGAUUUAUGAAUAUUGGUUAGUAGAGAUGAAAAAAUGAGACUUCAGUUGGAUGUAAUUUUCUUAUGACAUAAGGUAGUUUAAGUAGAUAUAUAUAAUAAGAUUAAUGUAUAAUAGUAAUUCUUUAUUAAUUAGAUUGAUGUUGUUUCAUUUUCUAUUCCAAGUACGGAAAUGUAACGUGUGAUUAAUAUUACCUAUUUACUUCUCUAUAUUUCUGAA